GUCUUUUUCCAAGGAAAUAAUCCUCCUUGGAUUUGUGCAUUGCUGUGAAUGGCUUACCUCUAUUAACACACACGUGCACGUGCGCGCACACACACAUACACACACAUAGCUGCCCUGUUAGUUAAGGCUUUAUACUCAUGGGUCCUGUGCCCAGCGAAUGGUAGAGGGACAUGAGCUCUGGUCCCUGAGUCAGCAGGCUUGGGUCCCCUCCCAGCUUUAACUGGGAAAAAAUGACUUCACUUUUCUGAGCCCUGUUUUCUCUUCUGCCAGUGAGGAUGACAGUAUUAGCCUUCCUGAAGUGUAAAGACAGUAAAAGGAAAAAAGGAACAUCAAAGCUUUGAAAUCAGAACACAUAACAUACAUGGAGAACACCCUUUUCCUCUAGGCCACAGGUUGCCAGCUCAGAUGCCAGUAGGGGCCGUGGGUGACACCGAAGUAAGCAGAAUGCAUGUCGUUUGGGAGUGGCAAGGACUGUGGGCACAGAAUGUAGGUCCUAUGCAGUGGUCUGCUAGGGCGGCCAUCACAAUACCACAGACAGGUGACUUAACAGAAAGUUAUUCUCAGAGUUCCAGAGGCUAGAAGUCCACGAUCAAGGUGAGGGCCAGUCUGGUUCCUUCUGAGGCCUCUCCCCUUGACUCGCAGAUGGCCACCUUCUCUCUGUCCCUCACAAGGAAGACUGUCAUGCAGCCUUCUUACUCAGCUCCCACCAGAAAGGAGAAUUUAGGAACUAAGAUAGCUUUUAAAAAGCCGGCAACAACUGGAGUAAGACCCUCCAGGAAGUGAUGUGGCUGAGUUAUGGUUUUGAACAGUCCUUCUGGCUUCACAUGGUGACCACCAUGAUCCCUUGGGUAUUCUUGGCCUGUGCCCUCCCUUGUGCAGCUGACCCGCUGCUUGGUGCCUUCGCCCGCAGGGACUUCCAAAAGGGCUCCCCUCAACUUGUCUGCAGCCUGCCUGGCCCCCAAGGCCCGCCUGGCCCCCCGGGAGCCCCAGGGCCCUCAGGAAUGGUGGGAAGAAUGGGCUUUCCUGGAAAAGAUGGCCAGGAUGGCCAGGAUGGGGACCGGGGGGACAGCGGAGAGGAAGGUCCACCUGGCCGGACAGGUAACCGGGGAAAGCCAGGACCAAAGGGCAAAGCCGGGGCCAUUGGGCGGGCCGGUCCUCGCGGCCCCAAGGGGGUCAGUGGUGCCCCGGGGAAGCACGGCACACCAGGAAAGAAGGGGCCUAAGGGCAGGAAGGGGGAGCCGGGCCUCCCAGGCCCCUGCAGCUGCGGCAGUGGCCACGCCAAGUCUGCCUUCUCAGUAGCAGUGACCAAGAGCUACCCAAGGGAGAGGCUGCCCAUCAAGUUUGACAAGAUCCUGAUGAACGAGGGCGGCCACUACAACGCAUCCAGUGGCAAGUUCGUCUGUGGCGUGCCGGGGAUCUACUACUUCACCUACGAUAUCACCCUGGCCAACAAGCACCUGGCCAUUGGCCUGGUGCACAAUGGCCAGUACCGCAUCCGGACCUUCGAUGCCAACACGGGCAACCAUGAUGUGGCCUCGGGCUCCACCAUCCUGGCUCUGAAGCAGGGUGAUGAGGUCUGGCUGCAGAUCUUCUACUCAGAGCAGAAUGGGCUUUUCUACGACCCUUACUGGACCGAUAGCCUCUUCACAGGCUUCCUCAUCUAUGCUGACCAGGACAACCCCAAUGAGGUAUAGACAGGCAGGUGUUGGGUCUCCAGGGAGGUAACCAGAUCGUGGACUUCCAGAAUAAGACCCCUCAACUCUCUUCUGAGUGGGAGUGGGACCUCCCAGCCUCGGACAUUCCUCUUCUGCCCAUUGUUUCCUCCAUCAUUAAAUCCAAGCUUUUUUAUUCAUCCUC